AUGAUAACUGAGGGAUUUCCCCCGAAUUUAAACGCGUUGAAAGGGUCAUCCUUACUAGAAAAGAGAGUUGAUUCUCUCCGACAGCUUAACACUACCACGGUUAACCAGCUGCUGGGGUUGCCGGGGAUGACCUCUACAUUCACGGCUCCGCAACUGUUGCAGUUAAGAAUAAUAGCUAUAACUGCGUCUGCCGUGUCCCUUAUUGCCGGUUGCCUCGGAAUGUUCUUCCUUUCUAAAAUGGAUAAGAGACGAAAAGUCUUCAGACAUGAUCUCAUCGCAUUUUUGAUAAUUUGCGACUUUCUUAAAGCUUUUAUUCUGAUGAUUUAUCCCAUGAUUAUCCUUAUUAAUAAUAGUGUGUAUGCAACACCUGCAUUUUUUAAUACCUUGGGUUGGUUUACGGCCUUUGCCAUCGAAGGUGCAGACAUGGCCAUAAUGAUAUUCGCCAUACAUUUUGCUAUUUUGAUCUUCAAGCCUAAUUGGAAAUGGCGAAAUAAAAGAUCGGGAAAUAUGGAGGGUGGCUUGUACAAAAAAAGGUCAUAUAUCUGGCCAAUUACUGCAUUAGUACCUGCCAUUUUAGCAAGCUUAGCCUUCAUUAAUUAUAAUAAACUCAAUGACGAUUCUGACACCACUAUUAUACUGGAUAAUAAUAACUACAACUUUCCCGAUUCUCCCAGGCAAGGUGGCUACAAACCUUGGAGUGCAUGGUGCUAUUUACCACCCAAGCCGUACUGGUAUAAAAUUGUUUUAAGCUGGGGUCCCAGAUAUUUCAUUAUUAUUUUCAUAUUUGCAGUCUACCUCAGUAUUUAUAUUUUCAUUACCAGUGAAAGUAAAAGAAUUAAAGCGCAAAUUGGAGACUUUAACCAUAACGUACUAGAGGAAGAGAAAGAAAAGAAAAAAUUAUUUGGGCUCGGUCACUGGGGAAAAGCCAAAUGGUAUUUCAGAUCCUAUUUUAAAUUGCCAUUGCUACAUCUUUUGAGAAAUUUAAAGAAUUUUUUCACCAUUUCGUUCAUAGAUCCGAAUGAGGAAACAGACGAUUCAGGUAGUAGUAAUGGAACUUUCAAUUUUGGUGAGAGUUCGAAUGAGAUACCUACACUAUUCAGAAAAACAAAUACAGGUAGUGAUGAGAAUGUCUCGGCAAGUGGUGGAGUUCGCUUACUUGACUAUAACAGUGCUAAACCACUCGAUAUGUCCAAAUAUGCAAUGUCUGAACAGCCAGAUUUGGAAAGAAAUAAUCCUUUUGAUUGUGAAAAUGACAUCACACUCAAUCCUUCGGAACUAGUAUCCAAGCAAAAGGAGCAUAAAGUUACUUUUAGUGUUGAAAAUGAAGGACUGGAUACAAGAAAAAGUUCAAUGCUGGGACAUCAGACUUUCUCUUGCCAAAAUUCUCUAGAAUCUCCUUUAGCAAUGUAUGAUAAUAAGAACGAUAACAGCGACAUAACUAGUAACAUUAAGGAAAAAGGAGGCAUCAUCAACAACAACAGUAACAACGACGACGACGACAACAACAACAAUAACGAUAACGAUAACGAUAACAAUAAUAGCAAUAAUAAUAAUAACAAUAAUAAUAAUAACAAUAAUAAUAAUAACAAUAAUAAUAACAAUAACAACAACAACAACAAUAAUAAUAAUAAUAGUAAUAAUAUUAAAAAUAACGUUGAUAACAAUAAUACUAAUCCAGCCGAUAAUAUUCCUACACUUUCUAAUGAAGCAUUUACUCCGUCUCAACAAUUUUCACAGGAGAGAGUGAAUAAUAAUGCAGACAGAUGCGAAAAUUCAAGUUUCACCAACGUACAACAGCAUUUCCAAGCCCAAACCUACAAACAAAUGAAAAAACGUAGGGCACAAAUUCAAAAGAAUCUAAGGGCAAUAUUCAUUUAUCCACUGUCGUAUAUUGGGAUAUGGCUUUUCCCCAUCAUUGCAGAUGCGUUGCAAUACAAUCAUGAAAUAAAGCAUGGGCCUACCAUGUGGGUGACAUACAUUGACACUUGCGUUCGACCAUUAAGUUGUCUCGUCGACGUCAUUGUUUACCUGUUCAAGGAAAAACCUUGGAACUAUUCAUGGGCAAAAACAGAAUCAAAAUAUCUCAUUGAAAAAUAUAUUCUGAAAGGAGAGCUUGGUGAAAAGGAAAUUCUGAAGUUUUGUCACAGCAAUUGGGGGAAAAGAGGUUGGUAUUAUCGUGGUAAGUGGAAGAAAAGAAAAUGCUGGAAAUAUUCUACAAACCCUCUGAAGCGUAUACUGUGGUUUGUUGAACGCUUCUUUAAACAAUUGUUUGAACUAAAACUACACUUUAGUUUUUAUGACAAUUGUGACGAUUUUGAAUACUGGGAAAACUACUAUUCAGCCAAAGAUUCAAACGAUAAUAAACGCACAGAAUCUGAUGAGACUAAAACGAAUAGUAGCGAUCGCUCCCUUCCAUCAAAUUCACUUGAACUACAGGCAAUGCUUAAUAACAUCACGGCCGAAGAGGUUGAAGUGCCCUUGUUUUGGAGGAUCAUUCAUCAUAUUCCAAUGCUUGGCGGAAUAGAUCUUGAUGAGUUAAACAGAUUGUUGAAAAUACGGUACAAUAACGACCAUUUUUCUCUACCCGGGUUGAAAUUUGCAUUAAACCAAAAUAAAAGUCACGAUAAACAUCAGGACGUCUCAACUAACAGUAUGGUCAAAUCCAGCUUCUUUUCAAGCAAUAUUGUCACAAACGAUGAUGAGAAUAGCAUUGAAGAGGAUAAGAAUUUACGCUAUUCAGAUGCUAGUGCAUCUGAAAAUUAUCUGGUCAAGCCCACAAUACCAGGUACGACUCCUGAUCCAAUAAUUGAGGCGCAGAACGAUAAUGAUAGUAGUGAUAGUAGCGGCAUAGAUUUGAUAGCCUUCUUAAGAAAUGGACCAUUAUAA